CUGAGUAGCUGACAGGUUCGAUUCCUUAUAGGAGUUUUGCCCACACUAUUGAGAUAUGCCAUUAGACCAAUAAGUUGAUGCGAGAUCUCACUAUCAACUUCUUGGCCUAAACGAAGUAAUCUUUCUCUAUUAAGUCGGUUGAUUAGGAUAACAUUGUGACAGUAAAAGGGAUGCAAGAGACAGAGAAGAGGACAUAGCAGGAUUUUAUGCUUAUAAUAAGGAUACCACUCUUCGGGCAGUCCAUCAAAUGAUUAUUUUAUUUUUCUUUUUAAGUAAUUAAAUGGAGGGUUUACAAAUGUGACAAAGUUCAAACCCAUUACUUCUUCGUAAUCAAUCAAUAAUUCUUUAGAAAUAUAACACAAAAGAAUAGGAAAGACAUUGCCCAUAAGCUUUGUGGGGCCAACUGAGGUUUUUUCUAGUAUAAGUUUAAACCAGAUGGAAAACAUUAGAAAGAGCAAAAGAGAUGGAGAAGAGGGAGAAGCAUUUUGUGCUAGUUCAUGGAGCUUGCCAUGGUGCAUGGUGUUGGUACAAAGUAUCAACUCUGCUCAGAUCAGCAGGUCAUAAAGUUACCGUGCUAGACAUGGCUGCAUCUGGCAAACAUCCAAAGCAGGUUCAUGAGGUUCAAUCACUUACGGAUUACUUGGAGCCUCUGAUUGAAUUCAUGGCUUCUCUCCCAGCAGAAGAGAGGGUAAUCCUGGUGGGUCACAGCAUAGGUGGUCUUAGCAUAUCUGUUGCCAUGGAAAAGUUCCCUGAGAAAGUCUCUGUUGCAGCUUUCUGUACUGCUGUUAUGCCCAACCCUGAUCUUGGUUUAACAACUUUUACUGAAGAGUACAAUCGAAGUGUGGAUUCAUAUAUGGAUUCGACAUAUACAUUUGAUGAUGGGCCCAACAAACAGCCUACCUCUAUACUCUUUGGGCCUAACUUCAUGGCGUCCAAGUUCUACCAGCUGUCCCCACCUGAGGAUUUAACACUUGCAGAGUUGUUAGUAAGACCUUUCCCAAUGUCCAGUAGCGUGACAAUUUUCGAUGAAGUGACAACCCUGACCAAAGAAAGAUAUGGAUCAGUUAGUAAGGCUUACAUAGUGUGUGACCAAGACAAUAUAUUUGAAGAAGAUCUGCAGAGGUGGAUGAUCGAAAAAUAUCCAAUUGAUGAGGUGAUGGUUAUCCCUGGCUCUGAUCAUAUGGCUAUGUUUUCCAAACCAAAAGAGCUGUGUUGUUGCCUGCAAGAGAUUGCAGACAAAUAUGCCUAACUUUCCUCUUACACCUUAAUUUUGUUACUGUUUGCAAACGACCAGUGUAAUUUCGGAAAAUGAUGAUAAUAAGAUGUUAAAAACUUGUUUAGCUACA